CGGCACUGCAACAACUGCGGCGUCCUGCACCGCGACAUCAAGGCCGAGAACAUCAUCGUGGACCUGGCCACCGGUGAGCUCAAGCUCAUCGACUUCGGUUGCGGCACCUUGCUCCAGGAGACGGCCUACACCAAAUUUCAGGGAACGCACAAACCCCCGGAAUGGCUGUGCUACAACUACUACCAUGGCGGCCCCAGCACCGUCUGGUCCCUGGGCAUCCUGCUCUACGACAUGGUCUGCGGGAACAUCCCCUUCGAGCAGGACGAGGACAUCAUCCGGGGACAGCUCUUAUUCCGGCGGCGGGUGUCUCUAGAGUGCCAGCACCUCAUCAGGUGGUGUUUGUCCACGCGCCCCUCGGACAGGCCGGCUUUGGAAGACAUUUUCAACCAUUCUUGGCUGCAAGGCAUUCACCUGCCCCAGGAGACAGCAGAGAUCCACCUGCACAGUUUAAUCCAGGAGCCUGGCAAGUAA